AUGUCGCUUAUUCCAACGACUAAUUUGAAUAUUCCAGCUUCUCCUUUCCGGCGAUAUGCUUCACCCAGGUGGUGUUGCCACUCCAUUUCCAAGCCCGGGCGUCAGGGACCGCUCGAUCCCCCGAUCUUACAGCCUGCGACCCGAAUGGGCGAACAGCCGCCGCCAAACAACCAGGGCAGUCAACCGGUCGACAAAUUGCCACAGGCUGGCGACGUCAUCCACAUCAACGGGCUCAGCUUUAAAUUGGAUUCGGUGAUCGGCGACGGCGGCUACGGACAAGUAUUUCUGAGCUCGGAUGGGACAAGGAAACUCGCCGUGAAAUGCGAGAAGUACAGCCGUUCGAUGCUCCACGUCGAGGUUAACGUGCUUCUACACGCUGCCGAACAAAAGUGCAAGCACUUCUGCGAGCGCGUCGCCCACGGAUCCGUCGGCAAGGAGUACGUGUUCAUCGUGAUGACGCUGCUCGGCCGUGAUCUGCACAAGGCGCGGAACGAGAUGAAGGACCGGCGAUUCACGCUCUCCACCGCCCUCCGCAUCGGCGUGCACACGUUGAAGGGCAUCGAAGAGCUGCACCGUCUCGGCUUCCUCUCACGCGACAUCAAGCCCGGCAACUUUGCCCCCGGGCUUCGAGAAAACAAGCAGAACAAGCUCAUCUUUCUAUACGACUUUGGACUGGCCAGAAAAUACCUUGAUUCGAACGGCAACAUUGUGCAGCCACGGCCGGAUGUCGGUUGGCGCGGAACGACACGCUAUGGAAGUUUGACGGCCCAUCACCGCGCCGACCUUUCUCGCCGUGACGAUCUCGAGUCAUGGUUCUACAUGCUCGUCGAGUUCACCAACGGACAAUUGCCGUGGCGCACGAUCACAGACCGCGGGGCCGUCCUUCUAUCCAAACAGGCGGCCCGCACCCCGAUCGGCUUGCCCACGUUCCUCGUCAACUGCCCCAAGCAGUUCCCGGUGCUGCUCAAGUACAUCGACGAGCUCGUGUUCACCAGCGCCCCCGAUUACGCGCAUUUGCUUAAGAUUUUGGAUGAGGCCCGCGAGGAGAACAACGUGAAGGCGUACGAGCGCUGGGACUGGGAGGACGAGAGCCUCUCCAGCAAUUCCAUCAGCCAAGCCUCGUCCCACUCGGAGCGCGAGCAGAAAGCCAAGCCCGAAGCCUCGCCCCGCGAAGUUCGCAACAAGAAG